AUGGGGUCUGCCGCCGCGGAAAUGGCCGCCGACAUGGAGGCGUUCAUGUACGCGGUGCACCUGUCAUUGGCGCCAAUCCUGCCAAUGACCCUAAAGAGCGUGAUCGAGCUGGGCAUGCUCGAGAUCCUGGUCUCCGCAGGCGGGAAGAUGUUGUCACCGUGCGAGGUGGCGGCACGGCUGCCAUCGCCUUCGUCGGCUAACCCAGACGCCCCGGCGAUGGUGGACCGCAUGCUGCGGCUGCUGGCGUCGUACAACGUCGUCUCAUGCGAGGUGCAGCAAGGCAAGGACGGCGUCCUCGCCCGGCGGUACGGCGCCGCGCCGGUGUGCAAGUGGCUCACCCCAAACAAGGACGGCGUGUCCUUGGGCCCGCUCGUCGUCAUGAACGACAAGGUCCUUAUGGAGACCUGGUAUCAUCUGAAGGACGCGGUCCUGGACGGUGGCCAGCCCUUCGUGAAGGCAUACGGUAUGACGCUGUUCGAAUACCAGGGUGUGGAUCCACGAUUCAACCGCGUGUUCAACGAGGCGAUGAAGAGCUACUCCACCAUCGUCAUCGGGAAGCUCCUCGAGUUCUACACGGGCUUCGACGACGCCGUGCGUACGCUCGUCGACGUCGGCGGCGGCCUCGGCGCGGCCAUCCACGCCAUUACUUCCAGGUACCCGCACAUCAAGGGGGUCAACUUCGACCUCCCUCACGUCAUCUCCGAUGCGCCGUCUUUCACAGGCGUGCAGCACGUGAGCGGCGAUAUGUUCGACAAGGUGCCCUCUGGGGACGCCAUCUUCAUGAAGGCGAUACUCCAUGACUGGACCGACGAGCACUGCACCAAGCUUCUGAGGAACUGCUACGACGCACUGCCUGCGCAUGGCAAGGUGAUCCUCGUGGAAAGCGUCCUGCCGGAGAAACCGGAUGAGACGCCCGUGGCGAGGACGGCGUUCGGAUUAGACAUGCUCAUGCUCACGCAGACACCCGGCGGCAAAGGGAGGUGUCUCAGGGAGUUCCAAGAGCUGGCCGGGACAGCCGGGUUUGUCAGCGUCAAUGCCACCUACAUAUGCAGCAGCUCCUGGGUCGUCGAGCUGAUGAAGUAG